GUCAGUCUCAUUCACAGUUGGACCGUAGUCAAUGUGUGGUAUAUGUGUGUGUCUUUUAGGCCACUAUAAGCGUGAUGCUUUUACACUUUUCGCUUCUGGUUCGAGUAGUUAUUAUUAGUUCGUUUCUCGUGCAGUGAGUUGGUACUAAAUGAAUCAAGCGGAAAGCAUCGAGAACGAUAAAAGGGAAGAAAAAUUACACAUCAAAACGAUAUCGUUUGAACGAUUUUAUUGGCAAAAUUUGAAAUGAAUUUAUUUUAAAUAAGUAACAAGUGCAUUCAUUUAACGGAAUCAUUUGCGAAAUAUACAAAGUUCAAGUGUUGUGUGAUCACACUGUGUGUUUUCGUUUUAUGCCAGUUUCACAAUUAUUCGCAAUUGCAUUGUUGCGAACGAAAAGAGAGAAAGAAAAAAAAACUAACGAAGAAUAUUCAUUAGUUUUGCAUUCCGAGAAAUGAAAAUGAAUAGUUCCUAUUAAAUAAUUCUAUCGAAUAAUCGACAGAGAAAAAAACUGCGACAAAUUAUUAGCUCUAGUAAUUGCAAUCAUCAAAAUAAUUACAACAUUGUGCAUGACAACAAGUUCAAUAAGUUUUGUGCAUCAUAAAAGUAUUUAAAGAUUUUUCAAGAGCCAAUACAAACGACACAAUCUCACACACAAAAACGAAGGAAGCCAAAAUGAGCGACCACGAUUUCAAACUAAAUGUGGACAGUUUAAUCGACAGACUGUUAGAAGUUUUACAUCCACGCACAGCGGAACAACAUCCGGCCAAGAAAAAAGGAAUCAAAGAAUUCUUUUCACCUGAUUUCGUUAAAAAAUGCCGACCGGGAAAAAGCGUUCAAAUGACCGAACAGGAAGUUCGAGGUUUAUGCUUGAAAUCACGUGAAAUAUUCUUGCAGCAACCAAUACUCUUGGAACUUGAAGCACCACUCAGCAUUUGUGGCGAUAUUCAUGGUCAAUUCACUGAUUUAUUGCGAUUAUUCGAGUAUGGCGGAUAUCCUCCAACAAACUAUCUGUUCUUGGGCGACUACGUAGAUAGAGGCAAACAAUCGCUGGAAACAAUAUGCUUGUUGCUUGCCUACAAAAUCAAAUAUCCGGAAAAUUUCUUCUUAUUGCGUGGCAACCAUGAAUGCGCUAGCAUCAAUCGAAUUUAUGGUUUCUUUGACGAAUGCAAACGACGCUACAACAUCAAAUUGUGGAAGACAUUUACAGAUUGCUUCAAUUGUUUGCCAAUCGCUGCUAUUAUCGAUGAGAAAAUUUUCUGUUGUCACGGCGGCUUGAGUCCGGACUUGCAAGACAUGGAGCAAAUUCGACGGAUUGUUCGGCCAACAGACGUGCCAGACACAGGCCUAUUGUGCGAUCUUCUAUGGAGUGACCCAGACAAAGAAGUCAAGGAUUGGGGUGAAAAUGAUCGGGGUGUAAGUUUCACCUUCGGUGCUGAUGUCGUGUCGAGAUUUUUGCGAAUGCAUGACCUGGAGCUGAUAUGUCGUGGCCAUCAAGUGGUCGAAGAUGGUUACGAAUUCUUUGCCAAGCGUCAACUGGUGACGUUGUUCUCAGCUCCAAAUUACUGUGGUGAAUUUGACAAUGCAGGCGGUAUGAUGACGGUCGAUGAAUCAUUACUGUGUUCCUUCCAGAUUUUGAAACCAUCAGAAAAGAAAGCGAAAUAUCAGUACAAUUCGAUAAAUAAUACAAGCCGGACCAACUACCCGAAAUAAAUAAGCGCUUGAGCAAAAAAUUAAAAA